AUGGCCGACUUCAAGGACAAGGGGAACGAAGCCUUCAAGGCAGGCAAUUACCCAAAGGCCAUCGACCUUUAUACCGCCGGCAUCGAAACCGAACCUAACAAUGCCGCCCUCUUUUCCAACCGCUCCGCCGCCUAUCUCAAGCUGGAGGACUUCGCAAAAGCCCGACGCGACGCGGAGAUGUGCAUCGAGCUAGACGUCAAGUGGUCAAAGGGCUGGUGGCGAAAAGGCACAGCCCAGCUGCACGACGCCGAGUACCACGCCGCGAAGGCCACCUUCCAGCAAGGCCUCAAGCACUGCCCAGGCGAUGACAACCUCCUCAAGGGCCUGGACAAGGCCAGCAAAGGCGUCGAGCAACUCGACAAGAUCCAGGGCGCGGUCGACGAUUUCGACCCCGACGGCCCUUCCACCCGAGACCCGCGCACCGACGAUAACUCACCUGACAAUCCCGACCGUACCACCGCCUUGCCGGUCCCCGCCAAAGUCCAAGAUCCAGUCGACAUCUUUCCAGGCGACGCCGCUACGGAGAUUGACCGCAUCAAGUCGGCCCCAAAUCAUUACGCCGUCCUGCACGUGUCUACCGACGCGGAUAACGUCACCCUCAAGAAAAAUUACUACACUUUAGCUAGGAUGCUGCAUCCGGACAAGUGCCAGCUGGACGGCGCGGACGACGCCAUGACCGCCGUGUCACAGGCAUACGAUACCCUCACCAACGUCGUCAAGAAGACCUUGUACGAUCAAUUUUUGUCCCAAACGGGCGCCGACAACGAGCACCCCAACCAGACAUAUCAAGAAUGGGAGAGCCGCCAGCAACCAGUCCAGUUGCCCAAGUGGCUCAGCGUCCUGCUCGAGAUCAAAGGCUGCGGAUGGAUCCUUGCCAUUCUGGUCUUUGCCCUUCUACUCCCUUUUGUCAUCGUCCUUCUCGUCGUGUACGUCAUCAUCGCAAUCUUGACACUGCCUAUCAGACUCAUCUACAGCCAUUGUUUCCCAGAAAAAUAUGCUCAAAUGACAGAGCAACGGGAACGAGAUCGCGUAAAGAUGGAGGAGGAAGCACAGGACCGCAUCUUUGCUCACGUCAAAAUGGAAAAACGCCGAGGGCGUUUGUUUUGCGCUGGUAGUGAAGACGUUCGUGGUGGCUUAAGGCGGACACGGUUAUGUACGUGGGUGAGGAUGACGACAGAGAGGAUGGAAAAGGAGCAUCCUCGUCGGAGGGUGUGCGAGGGGGGCAUUGGAUUACUGCAAUCAUUUGAGACCUGA